AUGGCAGAUUUCGGAUAUCUUUCUGGUAAAGACGAUACAGCAGCUGUGGAUGAUCUGCUUUCACAAGCCAAAGAUCUCUACGUCCUCGAACAAGUCGCAGCCAUUAACUGUUCUAGCUUCACCGACUCUUCUCUUCCCACUAAUCUCGAGACCCGUUUCCGUCGUCUCAAAUCUCUUCCGGUUUCUUCUUCCUCCAAGAAGAAGCUACUUCUCUCUCACUCCAAGACCAUGGCGUCUUCUCGUUCUGCUUUUCCUGGUCAUGAAAAACAGAAUUUCUCGGGAAACUUGUUGGGGAUUCCGAGUGUGAAUUCAGGUUUUGAGAAGGAUUUCACUGAUUCUGAGAAGAUCGGUUCAAGUUUUUCUCGAGAAAGCAUCGAACCCAAUCUGAGUGUGAAUUCUACAACAACCAUGAAGCUUCUUCUUCCUAAAGAGAAAUCGAGAAUUAGCUCCUCUUCGUUUACUUCCAUUGAUUUAUCUUCACCAUCAUCCAAUCUAGACGCGGAAAAAUCGAAAUCGAAAUCCAAGUUUUCAGUUUCAUGGUUUGGUAAGUUAUCAUCAUCACCGUCAAAAGCCAUGGGAGGAUGCUUAUGGUGUACUCCAAGCAGAUCAUCAUCAAACAGCAACAAGACAAAGAAGAGCAGCAAAUCGCCUGAAGAACUGAGAGCUGAAGAACAUCGGAAUAAGAUGAAAAUUGCAAUGAAAGAAUCGAAAGGAGAAGUAAAUAGACUCGUUAGAAGAUCCAAGUGUGUAAGAGGGCCUUUUUGGUUCUUGCUUUGUUGA